CAAAGCUUCUCCUGCAUCACGCCUGCAAGGGCAGAGAAAAUACCUGACAGAUAGUUUUGACACAUGUGGCGUUUCCUAACACUGAAACACUUGAAGAGGGAAGUUGACAGGUCAUAGACAUCAUCGGAUUUACCCCCAACACAUCUGAACCAGGAUCGACAGACCAUCAUAGUGAAAGGACAGCAAAGUCAGCAUGAGCAGAUGUUUGAUCAGCCAUGUGGAGGUCAAAGGCUUCAUUGAGAGGUGCAUGACAGCAGUCGGUGCCAAGCAGCAUCAUGCUCGCAGUCUAGCUGAAGUGUUGGUGGAAGGAGACCACAGGGGCCACUACAGCCAUGGACUCAACAGGAUGGACAUGUAUGUGAAGGACAUUCAAACUGGCAUCUGUGCCAAGGAUGGUGAGCCAGUGGUGGAAAAGGAGAGUGCAGCCACGGCACUGGUGGAUGGGAGGAAUCUCUUAGGCCCAGUGGUGGGAAACUUUUGCAUGAAUCUGGCCAUAAAAAAGGCCAAAGACGUUGGCAUUGGCUGGGUGGUGGCACACAACUCCAACCAUUAUGGUAUUGCUGGAUAUUAUGCAAUGCAAGCAGUGAAGGAAAACAUGAUUGGGAUGUCAUUUACCAACACGUCACCACUGGUGGUUCCCACACGUGCUAAAGAGUGUACUUUGGGCACCAACCCCAUCAGUGUGGCGGCUCCUGCUAAGGAUGGAGACAGCUUUGUUUUAGACAUGGCCACUUCAGCAGUAGCCCUUGGAAAGGUGGAGCUUCAUGAGCGGCGUGGAGACCCCAUUCCUGAGGGCUGGGGCUGUGACCCUCUGGGAAAAAUUACAACAGACCCCAAGAGAGUGCUGACUGGAGGAGGACUGGUGCCUUUUGGUGGCAGUGAAGACACAGGAGGGUACAAAGGCUAUGGUCUGGGAAUGAUGGUGGAGGUGUUCUGUGGCAUCUUGGCUGGUGCCCAGUACAGCAAAUACAUCCGCACUUGGAAAGUAACAGACCGUGUUGCAAACCUGGGUCAGUGUUUUGUGGCAAUCAAUCCAGAGAACUUUGCUCCCGGGUUCAGUGACAGGAUGUCAGAUCUGCUGUCCAUCCAUAGAAACCUGGAUCCUGCUGACCUAGACACUCCUGUUUUGGCUGCUGGAGAUCCAGAGAGGAUGAACAUGAAGAAAUGUGAGGAUAUGGGUGGGAUCCCUUACCACAUCAACGUCGUCAAAUACAUGCAUUUUAUAUUUUUUCUGCAGAAUGAAUGCGCAAGGAAAAUUGGUGUCAACCCACUGUUGCCAUGUGACAAGAUCGUCUCGGGUUAAGUUUAUCCAAACAGGAUUCUCAGCUGUGGAAAUCAGCCACUAAUGCUCAACUUGAAGUGCAACUUGAAGUGCAAUUCUGUUGAUGCACCUUAUACAUUUUAAGAGUAAUAUUUUAUUCAUGAUUACACAUGUGACAUGUGCUGUAAUUCCUUUUUUUUACUUUACUAAAAGCAAAACCAUGAAUUUUCUUUGCUACUGAUGUGAAAAUUGUAUUUUUACUGUGAGAUCAUCUUAAAAACAUAAUUCUUUUAUUCCCAGAUCAAUAAAUGCCAUACUAUUUGGAAUGUAAUGUGUGUUUUUCCAUGCAUUAAUGCAAUCCUAUUUUUAAUAGAUGUACUUUAGCUACCUCUUCAUCUACCAGAAGAUGGCGAUGUAAGCUUCUCUCACUCAAUUCCAUCUGUCAGGGUUCAUAGCCUAAACAAGUAGUUCAAAUAAUUCUCCAUAACUUUAGUUCAUAAAUGCAUGAAAGGCACUAGAACUAGCACAGAAAUAUAUCUGAUUUUCAGAAAGCUUAAAAUGUCAUCUUUACUAAAUGUUAUCAAUGAUUUAUGUUGCAGUUAAACUGUACUACAUCCUAGAACCAUGUAAAAUUCAGCCCUGUCCUUCUUCUUUCAGUUUGAUCUUGUGAAAAGACUGUGAAACGCUUUGGGUUCAAAUUCUCCUCCAGUUUUUUGCUCAUGUAAAAAAACCUUAAAAA